AUGUUUCCAACAGACAAUCGCCUUGGUCUGAAUUCUGCAUUUGAUAAUUUAUUUCCACGUUCCAUAGGUUCUUACAUAACUAAUUCAUCACAAAUAGAUACAUUUCGAUCUGAAUGGAAUAAUAAUAAUAAUAAUGGUAAUCAUACUUCUACUAAUAAUAGUACUAAUAACACUUUAAAUCAAAAUACAUUACCGAAUAACAACGCUGGUAAUAAUAUGCAACUUCCUAAUCAUACACAAUCACAUUCGAAUACACAAUCGAAUUUACGUCAACAUUCAUUAUCUACUUGUAAUAAUGAAUUUGUAAAUCCCACAAUCUCAACGUCAUCACCAAGAGCAAAUGCUUUGGCUGCAGCAUUUUUCUCUAAUUCUUUUACAGAUACAAAUCAAACGAAUUCACAAAUUUAUCAAAAUUCUCCCGCUGGAUUUUCAAACAGUUUUACUAGUCCAAUGAAUGUUACUAAUAUGAAUAAGAGUAACCAUAUACAUAAUAAUGAUAAUAAUAGUACUAAUAAUGGUAACAAUGUUUAUAAUAUGAAAAUGAACACUUUUCGAUCACGUUCUGAAUUUAAUCAAUUCGAUCUUGGAUCAAAUACUUCUCAUCCUAUUGAUUUGUUUACUAAUUCUUCUACCCAUGUUCCUAUGUCUGGUAAUACAACAGUAAAUAAUAUUGUGAACAGCAGUAACAAUGGACUUGGUCCCGGCAAUUCAUUACAUGAACAUUUAACUUCUUCUGUUCACAAUAAUAAUAACAAUAAUAAUAAUAAUAAUAAUAAUACGAAUACUGAACCAAUUUAUAAUAAAUCAACAUUGAAUCAACCAUGUGAUAUGGGUGCAUUUCAUCCGUUAGUUUCAAAUUAUUCAUCGAUUAAUUUGUUGAAUUCAUCAAUACGACACCCUUUAAAACAUUCAACUUCAGAGAUUAUGAAUCUUGAGCAUCAACGUGUUGAUAUGUCAAAUCCAUUUUUAGAUUUUCAAAAUCCUAAUUCUACUAAUAAUACACCAAUGGUCAAUUCCGAAAUGAAUAAUACUGUUAAUUCACUUCAUCAUCAUCAUCAUCAUCACCAAACACUUGAUUCACAUUUUAAAUCGAAUUACAAACAAUUUACUAAUAAAACAGCAGCUGCAGCUGCUGCUGCAGCAGCAGUAGAAGCUGCUUCUGUUGGUAGUAGUAUGAAUUCCAGUGGUUACAAUAAUGCUAAUUUUAAUAUAACAUCACCAGAAAUGAUAAGACAUAUGGGACAGAAUAUGACUGUGACAUCGUCGAAUAAUGCAGCAGUUGCUGUGGCAGCUAUUGCUGCUGCUGCAGCUGCUACAAAUUAUAUGGUGGCUAAUACAGGCAUGUCCAACUUUUGUGUUCCAUCGCAUUUAAAUUUAAGUGGACACAGUAGAGAAUCCGGUAUCGAUGGUGGUAGUGAUAUGUGUUCACCAUCAUCAACACCAUGUGAAAGGUUGACUAAACAAAGUAACAAUCAAAUGGAGAACAAUGGAAAUAUAGGAAAUCAUCUUAACAAUGUUGGUGAUCAUAAUAAUAAUAAUAAUAAUAAUAGUAAUAAUAAUAGUAUUAGAUCUUCAUUAUCUCCAACUCAUAUUUGGCCAUGGAUGACUGUUGUGGGACCAAACUCAGUUCAGCGUCGUCGUGGACGUCAAACAUACAGUCGAUAUCAGACAUUAGAAUUAGAAAAAGAGUUUCAAUACAGUCAUUAUUUAACACGAAGAAGACGAAUCGAAAUAGCUCAUAAUCUCUGUUUAACUGAACGACAAAUCAAAAUUUGGUUCCAAAAUAGAAGAAUGAAGUUGAAAAAAGAACGUCAACAAAUCAAAGAAUUAAACGAUGAAACAACUCGCCAAACCACUACAGAUCCAAUUCACCACAGCCGACGUGAAAUGAGCUCAUCACAUCAAUUCUUUGAAAUGAUGAAUUCAAACAACAGUAAUAAUUAUUAUUCAGCAACUUCUAAUCCAAGAAUUAUUGAUUCAAAAGACAGCUGUCAACUUGAAUGUAAACCAUUGUCGUUACAUAAAAAAUCAGGUCUAAUUCCAAAAUUACUAGGUAACAAUAUGCAAUCAGAUCCAAUGAUUACAGGAGGAUUCUUACCAUCAGCUAAUAGGAGUCUACAAUCAGCUAUCAGCUAUCCUGAAAGUCAAGGUGGACUUGGUCAAGAGGACUCUGAGGAUUGUGAACCAAUGGAUAGUGAAGACGAUGAGGAUGAAGAUGAUUUUUGUGAGUCAGAUGACAUUCAUGGGGUUAAAGUUUCCAAACUUCCACAUGAAUUUACUAAUCCUCACUUGAUGAGAACAAAUAUACUACGCGACAAAUGAUAUGAUUAGGAAAUUAAACUGUUUUUGUUAGAACAUAGAAUAUCCACAUUAUCGAAUACAAGAACAGAUAAGCACACAUGACAUUACUUUAUGUUUUAUCUGUAUGAACAUGCACUCUAGCUUGCCUAAUUUUUGUUCUCCCUCCUCAUUGCCAGGAGUCCAUAAAACCUACACCAACAUUUUGUUCAUCAUGCAUACAACAUAUAUACAAUUAAAAUGUUUACAUAAUUCCACAAAAUUAAAAAAAUGUUCUACCUACAUAGUACACUGUACCAAAGACCAUUACAAAUUUUCUUUACUAUAAAACACUACUUGUUGAAUUAAGUAGUAUGAAUAUAAAAAGUGUUUUUUUGUCCAAGA